UGAUGAUUAGUGUAUGUGUUCUAAUAACCAUAAUAAGAAGAAAACUAAAGAACUCAUACAAUCUCCAAGUUGAAACAAUUGAGUCCGAUAUAAAUGAAGAGAAUGAGAAUAGAGAUAACCCUACAAUGGUAUCAUCUGCCGGUACAUUGGACUCUAUAAGGACUGCAUCAUUCAUGGGAAACGAACAAGAACAUGAACACAUGGAUAUGAAGGAAGAAGUUUCUGGUUUCAAUGAAAAUGAAAAUCUGUUGAAUAGGAAGCUAAUGUGUACACGACCAUCAAUGCAACAGAGGCAAAGUCCGGAUUGUCACUGUGACGCCGAUGAUUAUUUACAACCUGUAGAUGAAAAUAAAAACGUGAAAACUAAACUUAAACACGUGAUCAACGCGAGGAAAAUAUCCGUUCCUUCAUAUGAUAAGUGGGAAAUACCGGCAGAAAACUUGACAUUUGCGUCAUCGGGAAUUUUGGGUCACGGUGAAUUUGGUGAAGUGCGAAAGGCCAAGGCUUGGGGAUUGCAAACAAUACAGGGAAUCACUGAUGUAGCUGUCAAACAACUCAAAGGUGAGAGCAGAGAGUUCCAGAGAAAUGUUUAGUUUAGAAUCAGCCAACUGUCCAUUUAUUAGUAUAAGUGAAUACAAGCACCAAUUAAUACUUACGUUAGUAAUGACAGAUCAAUAUAGAAUGAAUGUAAAGGUCCUUGAACACCGGACAUUUUAUAUGAUGCCAAUCCAUCUUGAUCGUAUUUAAUCUUGCAUAGCAAUCAUAUAACAUAUAUCUCAUUGGAAUUUGCUUUGUUAACGUAAGUUAUAUUACUUAUACUGUAUUUUGGUUUAUAACAUACCGUAUCGAGCUUCCUAAUAGAUAAUGCCAAAUAUUUGAUGAGCAACAUAGUACGCGCUAAUGACAUAUAAUCUGAACACGAAAUUCUAUAAAACUUUAUAGUGGACAGAUUGCAUUCGAAAUUGUGUUUGAUAUUUUUAAUAUAAUACCCUGUUAAGAGACUCUGAUUCCACAGUGUAUAUACAUGUAUAUCUGAACUAAUGUAUUACAUUUUUCUCUAUUACGCGUACAUCAAAGCUACAGUCAAUAAUUUGUAUGUAUAAGGUAUAUGCUCUUACUUCAAUAGGAACAGCAAAUGAAAAAGACAAAGACGAUUUUUUAAACGAAUUAUCAAUCAUGACAAAAUUCCCUGCAGCCCACCCUAACGUUGUUUCCUUAUUAGGAUGUUGCUUGAGAUCAGAUCAAAUUUGCAUAAUACUGGAACUUGUGAAAUACGGCAGUUUACAAGACCAUCUCCGGUCAAAUCGUUCUAACUGCAUCUACCAAAACCUGCAUGCUAAUAGUCGUAAUCUGUCACCAUGGGAUUUACUACAGUUUGCAUGGCAGAUAGCAAAGGGAAUGUCAUUCAUCGCAAACUUAAAGUGCAUUCACCGUGAUCUAGCCACUCGUAAUAUCCUUCUGGAUGAAAAUAAUACGUGUAAGAUUUCGGAUUUCGGAAUGGCACGAGACGUUGAAGGUACAUAUGUAUACCAAAGAAUGUCCCAGGCUAAGUUGCCCAUACGAUGGAUGGCUGUUGAAUCAUUGAUAGAUUCUAUGUACACAACAAAGAGUGACGUAUGGUCUUAUGGUGUGGUUUUAUGGGAGAUUGUCACAUUGGGAUCAACACCUUAUAUGGGCAGGUCAUCAAAUGAAGUCAUCGAGGCUGUAACCAGUGGGUAUAAAUUACCCAAGCCACGUCAUUGUCGUCAAGAACUUUACAAUAUAAUGGACAGUGCAUGGACGGAUUGUCCUGAGAGAAGACCGACAUUCUCUGAUAUCUCAAUGUGCAUCCAGAAAAUAGUUGAGGACGAAAAUACGGCGUACCUGCAAAUGUCAGACUUCGAUCAUCACUUGUAUGCAAAUAUAUCAGAAAGCGAAACCCCAACCGACGAGAAGCUGUAA